AUGAUGUUCACAAUCUUCCGUAACUUCAGAGGACGUUACUUUAGACGUGAAAAGUUUGUUUUUUUGUUUUGCAUUUUGAUAUUGGUGUGUUGCCAGCUGUUUGGUUCGCUAACAAACAUCUACUGCGAGUGUCUGCAGCUUCUGCAGGUGUUCUCCUGCCAAAGUGAGAAUUUAUUGCCGAACGAUUUCAACUUCUCGAUUCGUGCUGUCAGAGAGCCAUCGCCAUGUCAAAACCUGAUGAUCGACUAUGUGGCUUUCACGCCUAUUUUGCCGUCCGACUUAAGUCGUCGCUCUUUUAUCAGAAAUACAUGGGCGAAACAGCUACUGAACAACGAAAAGAGCAAAUUUUUUUUCGUUCUGGCCAUGGAAAAGGACGUGGAGCUGAAGCAGUCAGAGCUCAGCAGCAACAAUGAUCUGCUAAUAUUGGAUGUUGUCGAACAUUACCAUAACCUGACGCUGAAAAUUUUUGGCGCUUUUGACUGGAUCAGCCGGAAGUGUCGCCAGGCAAAGUUCGUUGUCCGAGCGGAUAGUGACAUUGUGCUGUCGAAGGCAGCCCUGGAACGCUUCAUCAAACGGCAUCGACACGCCCGAGACUCUAUCUUCGGCUACUGCAGGAGCUUCGACUGUGUCAUGCGUGUACCGUUUUCCAAACACUGCAUCUCUCCGAAGUUGUACGCUAAGCCGAUAUUUCCAUCAUACUGUUUCGGCUUCAGUUACGUGAUUUCGUAUGACGUAAUUCCGAAAAUCUUAGGCGCCUGGCCCCUGAAGCAGUACUUCAAUUUGGACGACGUUUUCGUGACCGGCAUAAUCCCGGAGAUGAUUGGCGGCAUACAUAGGAUCGAUCAACGAAAUCUGUUCGAUUACACCAUCUACUUUGAUACGCGUGGCUGUGCCGAUGAGCCAGUUGCGUCUGCUGCUUACGGAUCAACGAAAGCGAACCUCCUGAGAUGGCAUAAUUUUAACAGUCAGUGCCACUUCAGCAACGCAACUUAG